GUCCAAGGAUCCCGCAGCGGCUCGGGCUCAGAGCGCUCGGGGCUCAGAGAGCAGCCGGGCGCCGGGGGGGCCGGCGGCCAGGCGCGCGGAGGGGACUCGGGGCCGACCGGGCGGCCGUGGCACUGCAGUCCGUGGCGUCGGGGCCGCGCGGCCCUAGCCCUCGCGCGUCGCUCGCAUCGGUUCUCUGCGCCCAGGGCGCACGGCGGGGAGGGACGCGGCACCCCCUGCCCGGCCGCCAUGGAGCCGGCCCCCUCUGCCGACGCCGUGCUGCAGCCCCUGCUCCUCGCCAACGCUUCGGACGCCUUCCCCAGCGCCUUCCCCAGCGCCAAUGCGUCGGGGCCGCCGGCCACCCGGAGCGCCUCGUCCCUCGCCCUGGCCAUCGCCAUCACCGCGCUCUACUCGGCCGUGUGCGCUGUGGGGCUGCUGGGCAACGUGCUGGUCAUGUUUGGCAUCGUCCGGUACACUAAGAUGAAGACAGCCACCAACAUCUACAUCUUCAACCUGGCCUUGGCGGAUGCACUGGCCACCAGCACGUUGCCCUUCCAGAGUGCUAAGUACCUGAUGGAGACAUGGCCCUUUGGGGAGCUGCUCUGUAAGGCUGUGCUCUCCAUCGACUACUACAACAUGUUCACCAGCAUCUUCACCCUCACCAUGAUGAGCGUCGACCGCUACAUUGCCGUCUGUCACCCUGUCAAGGCCCUGGAUUUCCGCACGCCCGCCAAGGCCAAGCUGAUCAACAUCUGCAUCUGGGUCCUGGCCUCGGGUGUGGGUGUCCCCAUCAUGGUCAUGGCUGUGACCCGCCCCCGGGACGGGGCUGUGGUGUGCAUGCUCCAGUUCCCCAGCCCCAGCUGGUACUGGGAUACCGUGACCAAGAUCUGCGUGUUCCUCUUCGCCUUCGUCGUGCCCAUCCUCAUCAUCACCGUGUGCUACGGCCUGAUGCUGCUGCGCCUGCGCAGUGUGCGCCUGCUGUCGGGCUCCAAGGAGAAGGACCGCAGCCUGCGGCGCAUCACGCGCAUGGUGCUGGUGGUGGUGGGCGCCUUCGUGGUGUGCUGGGCGCCCAUCCACAUCUUCGUCAUCGUCUGGACGCUGGUGGGCAUCGACCGCCGCGACCCGCUGGUGGUGGCCGCGCUGCACCUGUGCAUCGCGCUCGGCUACGCCAACAGCAGCCUCAACCCCGUGCUCUACGCCUUCCUCGACGAGAACUUCAAGCGCUGUUUCCGCCAGCUCUGCCGCACGCCCUGCGGCCGCCCGGAGCCCGGCAGCUUCAGCCGCGCCCGCGAGACCACGGCCCGUGAACGGGUCACCGCCUGCACCCCGUCCGACGGUCCCGGCGGGGGCGCCGCCGCCUAAACCGCGCCGGCCCGGCCCGCCUAGCGCCCCUCCGGGGUGACCUGGCCGGCACCCGGGGCCCGCAGGGGGCGGGGCCGCGACGCGGAGUGGGGCCGAAGGCGCCCCUGUUUUGGAGAACCGGGUCGAGCGGGAGCCUGGCGGAGGCCGAGAGGCGGGGCCCCUGCGGAGGGGCGGGCCUCCGGGCUGGGGCGGGGCGAGGGGCGGGGCCUUUGGGCGGCUGGUGCGGUCGGAGGUUUUGGGUCGGGUGCCGGAAGCUAGCUAGGACUCUAGGGGAGUGGGGCCUGUGGCUCUGGGACCCGACCGCUAGACGGAACCUCUGCGGCGGGCCAGCCUCAACCUUGGGACAGCCUCGGGUACUAGCCAGAGCCGGCCUUGCUGGCCUGGGACCUGAAAAAGCCAAGGACCCACCCAGGACUCAGGGGGCCUUGGUGGAGACCUAGGCUUGAGAACAGGGCUGCAAGACUGGGUCUCUCUCUGGUGGGGGGUGGUCCUCUUUUGGGGGCGAGAGGGAGGGACAGGUCAGCCAAGCGGCGACAGCUCAAGACUGGGCCACGAGGUAGGCUAGCGCCACGAGAUAGGCUGUGUGCAGGGGAUGGCGGCCUCAAUCUUGGGGUAGAGUCCCAGCCCCGAGUUGUAGCCAGAGGCGGGGUUGCUGAGGUCCAGGUCCAACUGGACUGUCGUCAUAAAUAGAAAAUAAAAUCGAGAGGGAGAGAGAAACAGUAUGCCUUUUCUGCCCUUGACAGUCGUUUUCUUGGAAUGGCCUCAGCAUGGAUGUCGUGUUUCCCGCACUUUAUGCCAGUGGGGCUUGGGACAGGACAGUGGAGCAGGGCCAGCACCUUCAGGCUAGGAUAGCAGGACAGGCCCUCAGCUGGGGUAGGAUCCCCAGCUCUGGGUUCUAUGGGGCUCAGAAGGAGGAGGGAGGUCUGGCAGCUCCAAAACCAGAGCUGCCAGGUGGCCUCUGUGCCAAGGGUUGGGGGCUGGGCAGAGGCAGAGGCGAGGCUGGGGAACUUCUUUGUAGACAGUAGGUCCUCAAGCUGGGGGGCAGACGCUUUGGGGGGUCCCCAGGGGCCUGAUUUCUCUGUCCAGGUGCUGGAGGACAGAAGACAAUGCUAGCAAGAGCCCCAUGCAUGGUAAGUGGCAACUGGGACUGGGUGGGGGCAUCUGAAGGACCAGUGUGGACUUUUCUUCCUGCCCAUCUUGGGUCUCUAAGAAGAACCUCCAGGAGAUCCUCCUCCUUCUCCCAACACCUGGACGUGUCCAGUGUUUACAGGCAGCUGGAACUGCCCACACAGGAGCCUGUCUCUGAAGGAACUGGGAGGAAGAAGGCUUUCCUAACUGAUAGGAGUUUUUCUCUUCAUGUGUUUGGCAUUUUAUUCAGGCACUCCCAGAUCUUUGCUCUCCUAUCAGGGUCUGUCCUUGUUCCCUGUGCCUCCCCCCUGCUUCACCUCCUCUCCCCGCCCCCUCCCCACCACAGACACUGCCUCAGUCCCACACCCCUGACUCCCUAUUGAAGCAGUGAGCUGACAUCCUUGUAGAAACAAAUUAAUUUUCUUCCCUUUUUGGGACAGAUGGUGAGAAAUUGACGUCUUUGUCUCAAACCACAAAAAAAAAAAAAAAAAAAAAAAAGAUACCUCUUCUCCCUUUGACAGUCAUUUCCUUGGAACAAAAGCCUUUCUCUUGUCUGGGAGACUGUCACUCCAGCAGGGGCUGAUCUAGCGUUCAGGAGGUUGAGGGCUUAGGCACCAGGAUGGGUGCUGGGCACCUUAGGGAUAGGGAUACCCUUAGUUGACAAAGCACAGCUCCCCUCUUGGGGUGUGGACCCCAGAAAACCCCAGACCUGGAAUUUGCUUCCUCCAGGCAAUGGCUUCAGUAGCACUUUGGAAGAUGUAGGGCAGUGCCCAGUGCCCCUGGAGACUUCUGUGUCUGAAUGGGAGGGGGGUGUAUCAGCAAGGCAGGGGACCCUCCUGGACACUCCUUUUCAUGUGGGACCCCCGUCUUGGGGAGAUGUCAGAGAUCGGGGACAAUUUAGGGACUAGGGAAGACGUCUGAAGAAGUUGACAUUGGAUCCAGGCCUGUUGAUUCUCUCUGCAAGGACUCUGUCCCCUUCAACUCUCCUUCCCUGGAUCUGCGCCUGCCGUCUCCCAUGGCUAUAACAAAUCUGACUGGUUUUUACUACUUCUCAUACAUAAAUGUGUCCCAGGGUCCACAGAGGCUGGGUCCAAACCACGUGCAUUUAAGGUAAAGUGAAUUUGUACCAAAAUCAACUUGAUGCCAGGCUGUGCACCCUAGGGACUGGGACUCGGAAAUAAGUCAGAUACAGCCCGGCCCUCAGAAAGUUCAUGCCCAGGCUGGGAGACAAGGUGUCCGCAGAGCAUCAUCUGCGUGUGAUGUGUGCAAUGAAAGGAAGCCCCAGGGAGGGUGUCUUGGGGAAGUGUGUUUUCUAGCUUUUUACUGAGACACAUCCAUAGACAUUCUAGAAGGGGUGGAAAAGAGAGGGGCUUAAAGGAUAUGUAGGGGUUGGCCACCAAGAAGAGGGAACAGUGUGUGCAAGAGCAUGGAAAUGUUGAGGUGCUUGGCAAACCCGAAAAAAGCUGUCCACAUCUGGAGUUUGGGGCUUAACUGAGAGCAAUUUUGAGUGUCAGGCUCUGUGCUAAGCGCUUCGUGCACAUCGUCCCUUCGAGCCUCGUGAGAGCCCAGGGGAGGUACUGUUACCCUU